AUGGCUGGCAUCUUUGGACCACAGUGGCGGCGGGAAAAGACACCACUUCAGUGUUUGACGUACCUCUGUCUCAGUGAAACACUAGCAGACGUCCACUUCACUUUCACUGAUGGCGGUAAACCUUUGCCUGGACAUAAAUUUGUUCUGGCAAUGAGGAGCGAAGAAUUCGAACAAAUGUUCUAUACUGAAAUACCUCAACCAGAAAUUCUUAUAGAGGGCACUUCAAAGGAAACAUUUCAAAUGCUUCUAAGGUACAUAUAUACCAAUGAAACCAAUCUAAAUGAAAGUAAUACAUUGCCUUUGAUAGAACUUGGAGGAAAAUAUAAACUAGACGAUCUUGUAGAUCGAUGUGUUCGUUAUCUAGAGUCAUCAUUAUGCAGCAAAAACGCAUGCGCAACACUUGAUAUAGCAUUCAAAUUUGACAUGAAGGAUAUCAAGGACACAACUCUAAGAUUCAUUCAAAGAAACGCAAAAGCUGUUUUCAAGUCAGAAGGGUUCAAAUCAAUAUCUCGCGAGGCCUUAGAAUGCAUCAUGAAAUCGAACGUCACUUCCGUUCUGGAAAUCGAAAUGUUCAGCGCAGCCGCUAAGUGGGCGGAAGUAGAAUGUGGACGUCAAAGGAUACCAGUAGAUGGAGCUAACAAACGACAGGUUCUUGGAGAUUUACUAUAUGAUAUACGAAUCACACAAAUUUCUUUGAAGAGUUAUUCCAAUGUUGUGAUUCCAUCAGAAAUUCUUACGGAAGAGGAACAACUUCAGUUGUACAAAUAUUUUACGAUCACCGGUGGAUCAAAACUGAAAUGUAAACUACCGCCAUUUGAGAGAAAACCGAGACAGAAAGUCAAACCAGAGCUGGUUUCUAUAUUAAAGAAAACAGAUAUCAAACGAUCACACCAAAGAGAAAGAGUUAACAGAUCUGUCAGUUUACCUACACCCAAAGAAAUACUUGGCUGA